AUGUAUUACAGCCGUCAUAUGACGUCGUUCAUCGCAGCGGUUUCAAUUCCACCCGACACCCUCGACAACCUACUUGCCGUUUUCAGUCAGCACUACGCAGUUCAAUCUGGCUUUGGUCGUCGUGGCCGUCCUGGGUGGGUACAGUUCAAACACUGCGUGCUUGCAAUGGUGUUGCAAUUCUACACCCAUGCGAACGACGCAAAGACAAUGUAUAGUGCUGCAUCCAAGCACUCCACCUAUCACCGCGAGUGGUUCGUCACUUACGAAGUAUUCUCGUCGUUUGCUCGUGCAGCCGACGGCCACCAACUUCAAGUAGUCGGACGCGGCACAGUUCGACUCGAAGUCGCUGGCACCAACGGCAACACAUUAGCGACUUAUCUGCAGGAUAUUUACCACAUCCCAGAUGUACAUUUCAACCUGUUCUCGGUGGGUCGUGCACUGCACAUGGAUAGACACCAAAUUAUUGACAUCACUCCUCGGGAGUGGACUCUUGCCACGUAUGAUGGCAAGCUCACAGCCACCUACGAUGAACAUACCGCGCUGUAG